AAAAUAGUACCGGUUAGUAGUUUUGGUUUGGUAAAUAUUACAAGUUGAAAGUUUUUCGGUAAUGGGUCCCGGAGAAGUUACGUCUGAGAUGACGGAGGAGUCAUUAGAAGAAGCAAAAGGGCCAUGGGAAGCAUACCGUCUGCCUAAAGAUGUACUUCCUUCACACUAUUAUCUAUUCAUUCAUCCCAAUUUAGUCGAAGGAACUUAUGAAGGAAAUGUUAUUAUUGAAAUACAAGUUUGUCUACCGACAAUGUAUAUUCUAUUACAUCAAACUAAUCUCAUGAUUAAGACAACAAAACUUUCUAAAAAUGGUCAAGAAGUGCCAAUUGAAAGUACCUUCGCUUACCCUAAAAACCAUUAUUGGGUGAUAAAACUGUCUUCUUUCUUAGAAGAAGGAAGUUACGAACUUAUGCUGAGCUUUAAAGGUAAACUUGGAACAGGAACAUUAGGCUUAUAUAAGUCAACUUAUCUUAAUGCCAACAAUGAGGAAAGUGCCUGCAUGUUGUCGUAUUUUGAGGCCACAUAUGCUAGAUGUGCAUUUCCUUGUUUUGAUGAACCAAGUUUUAGAGCGAAAUUUGCUGUGAAAAUAGCUCAUGAAGCCAAAGCAAAGUUGACUGCUUUAUCUAACACUUGUCGUGAUAAAGAGACAUUGAACUAUCCUACAAAAGGUGUUAACACUGUGCACUUCAAAGUGACCCCACCAAUCCCUCCUUAUCUUAUUGCAUUGAUUGUUGGCGAGUUUACUUAUACUGAACCUGUUAUGACUAAGGAUAUGGUUUCUGUAGCUGUGUAUUCAAGACCUGAAAUACUCAAUUCAAUGAUAAAAGCUAGGGAUUAUGCUGUAGCUAUUCUGAAUUUUUUUACUGAUUACUUUGAUGUUCCAUAUCCUCUUCGAAAACUAGAUUUGAUCGCUUUACCUAAUUCCAACAUUGGUGGAAUGGAGAAUUGGGGCAUGAUAACAUUUAGGGAAGAUUUACUGAUUUUGAACGAGGAAAGCACUUGUGAUGAUAUUUUGUUUGUCAUUAACACCAUAGCCCAUGAGAUAUCUCAUAUGUGGUUUGGUGAUUUAGUGUGCAUCGAGUGGUGGGAUAACCUUUGGCUGAAGGAAGGAUUUGCUACUUACAUGUCUUUUGUUUCUGGAAUUCAAUUGUUUCCUGAAUGGUACCAUGACUGGGUGGUGCUGAGGUAUAUGCUUUCAGCCCUUCAGAUGGAUGCCGCGCUUGGGUCACAUCCUAUAGUUCAGACGGUAGAGAGUUGUGCUGAAAUUAGAGAAAUAUUUGAUUCUAUUUCUUAUGAAAAAGGAUGUUGUUUGAUUCGGAUGCUUGAAAAUUUAUCUCCAGAAGGCUUUCAAUUAGGAGUAAAGAAGUAUUUGGAAAGGUACAAAUACAAAAGUGCGGUAACAGACAAUUUAUGGCAGGAGAUAGAGGAAAAUGUUGACUUUAAAGUAAGUUCAUUCAUUAACACAUGGACCCAUCAGAUGGGAUUCCCCGUGAUUGCCAUUGAGCAGUGUGUCGGAGGGAAAAUGACAGUGUCGCAAAGCCGUUUCUUACUAAGCAAGCACUUUGUUUAUGAUCCUGAUACAUCACCUUAUAAAUACAAAUGGGAUGUACCUAUAAAGUACAUUUCUUCAGAUGACCCUAGCAAUGUGAAGUUAGCAUGGCUAAUGAAAGAUCAACAUUCAGUUAUUUUAGAUAUACCUUCAAAUACAAAAUGGGUCAAGUUAAAUUGGCAUCAAGUUGGAUUCUUCCGAGUCAACUAUCCUUUAAAUCAGUGGGAGGUUUUCAGCAAUGAACUGAUGAGAAAUCCAUUGGUAUUGGAUGUUGAAGAUCGUGUGAGCUUAAUUGAUGAUGCUUUUAACCUUGCCUGUGCAGGCCAUUUUCACUAUCACAUUCCUUUAAGUCUUGUUAAGUAUUUUCAAUACGGUAAAGAGAAGCAUUUCUUCCCUUGGGCAGUUGCUUCUCAGUAUAUACGUUUCAUCGCUACAAGGCUGACUGGUACCGAUUGUCACUCAUUAUUGAUGAAAUAUAUUCACUUAUUAUUGAAAGGAAAUUUAUCGGAUGGCGUUUGGGAUUUUGGAGAAUCAAAGACAUUCCUUGAAAAGAAAUUACAACUCGAGCUUAUAAAAUUAGCUUGUUGGUCUGAUGAAGAAGAAACUCUUCUAAAAGUAAAAACAUUAUUCAGUAAUUGGCUUAAUUCUGGAGAACCAAUACAUUUCGAGUUAAGCCAAAUAGUAUAUUCGUAUGGACUUUCGGGCCAAAUCACAGAAGAAGAAUGGGAAAAGGUUUUACAGAGAUGCCUCAAUCAACGUAAUGCCAAAGAGAAAUUGAACCUUUGGCGUUCCCUUGGAAAUGUGAAAAACAAACAGCAUUUAGCAGAGUUAAUUCAACUUGCUAAAGACCCAGAUCAUUUGAAAUCUCAAGAUUUUUUUAUUGUUUUAAAAACCAUUGCAAAACAAUCUUAUGGGCUUGAAGUUGUUUGGAAUUUUAUCAGGAAUGAGUGGCCUUACCUAGUAGAUCGGUUUACUCUUGAAGAUAUGGGCUUAUGUGAUCUGGUUUUCCAAGUUUGUUCCCAAUUUGGAACAAAGGAGAGGUUGGAUGAGACUAAGACGUUUUUCAAGAAGUACCCAGAUGCUGGUGCUGGAACACGAUCUCGCCAAAGAUCUUUGGAAUGUAUUGAUCUUAACAUUGAAUGGCUCUCGACCAAUUAUCAAUCAAUGAAAGAUUGGUUAAACAAUAUCAACAAUAAUAUUAAUAUGGAAUUAGUUGAGCAAUAAUGUCUAAAAGAGUAUUGCUUUUAACGAUUACCUGUUUGGCAGUGAUGGCAAUAUUAAAAAUAGGAGGGAUACCUAUAUUUAAGAAAGCAUACUUGUUGGAUUAUAUUAUAGAUAUAGACAAGAACCUGACCAAAAUGGGCUUAUUAUUAUUAUUAUAAAUUUUAUUAUAUCAGCUUGAUUAAACAAUUUCAAAUAAAUUACUCUUGUUAGUUGUGAGAACCAAAAUGAAUCUUAAUUUUUAAUAUAUUGAUUGCUGAAUUAAUGAUAGAACUACAUAAUUGUCUUGUUUUUGUUAUUGGCAAUGAAAGCUAUAGUCAUCAGUUAUACAAUUGACAAUAAGAACUAUAAUUAAUAAUUUAAAAAAUAUUAAUGCCUUCAACAGUCACAAACAUCAUAUGGUAGUGUAAUAUUUAUUGAAUUGCUUACCUUUUUAGACUUCAGAGUUUAAAAAAAAAAAAAUUUAAUUGGCACAUGGUAAAAAAAAAAGAAGAAAUAAGAGUCAAUGUUAGAUUGAUAAAUCAGAUACUAGUUAUAUCUGACUCAUUUCAUUUACUAUUUUUCAUUUCUCACCUCUAAAAUAGAUAUGUACCUAGUAUUUAAUAUCUUAUAUGAAUUAAUAUUACCUCUUGUUUUAUUUUUUGUAUCUUUCUCUUUUUAAUCUUGAUGAAAACCUCCAUUGUAGGUCGAAACAUAUCCUAUUUAAUACGUCAACAUAUUAUGUAUGUGACUGUUGACCGUACUCCCUUCACUAACCUCUUAAAUUAAAAUUACUGUCAAUCAUUUCCUUACCAUUAUAAUUAAUAAUAGUUGAUUAUUAUCAUUGUUGGGUUGAUAAUUAUUUUCUAAUUUAUUAUUAUAUUGCAUUAUGUGUUAUAUUUUAUAGUUUACAUAAUUUAACUAUUAAUAAAAAAAGUUUUAUAAAUAUUAACUAAACAGUUAAUAUCUAUAGUAUUUUAAUUGAGAAAUUUUAUAUUUAAUUGUCCUACCUUUAUUCUAGUAAGGAAAAUAAAAUAAUGCGUUCCGAUAAAUAUAUUUUGAUUGAUCUCUGUGUUACAAAUGAUAUUAUAUUUAACUGAAUUUUAAAAAUAACAUUGAUAUUAAACAUUUAUGUACAAUAAAGUAUUUUACGAGUA